CGCAGGUAUCAAAGCAGUGCUCCUGUCCAGCCCACAGAGGCUCGGAUGAGGAAGUAGCUACGUGCGCUGAAUAGGACCAGCCAGAUAAAAGGUCCCCCUGGAGUCCCAGCAGCCAUGAAGCUUCGACUGCACUUUGUGGUGGACCCCAUGGGCUGGCUGUGCAUCAGCAUGGUGUUUGGAAUCUGGCUCUACAACACUUUCUUUAUUCCUAAACUGGUUUUACUUCCACACUACAACGAGGGACACAUCCCCUGGGCCAUAGUUGUUUGUUAUUACAUAGCAUCGGCACUCUGCGUAGCGGCCCUGUUCCGAGCUUCCACAGCAGAUCCCGGCCGUCUUCCUGUGGACCCCCACAUACCUCACGCAGAGCGAGAGCACUGGGAGUUGUGCAAUAAGUGCAACUUAAUGAGACCUAAAAGGUCCCACCAUUGCAGUCGUUGUGGCCAUUGUGUACGCAGAAUGGACCACCACUGUCCUUGGAUCAAUAACUGUGUGGGAGAAGACAACCACUGGCUCUUCCUGCAGCUCUGUUUCUACACUCAGGUCCUCAGUUUGUUCACCCUGGUGCUGGACUUCUGCCAAUACUACUACUUCCAGCCCCUGACAGGACUUGACCAGGAGAAGUUUACAACACGCCAUGAACUAGCACUGCUGCGGGUCUCAGCGCUCAUGGGUUUGGUCAUGUUUGGUGGCAUGACUAGCUUGUUUUACACUCAGAUGGCGGGCAUCCUCUCUGAUACUACAACUAUUGAGAAAAUGGCUACUUUCUCAAAUGAAAUAUUUGGCUCUAAGAGAUCCUGGCAGUGGGCGUUAGCUGAAGUUUGUGGCACUCGCUGGAAACUCCUGUGGUUCAUCCCGCUCCGAAGCAGGCAGCCACUCCAAGCCAGCCACCACUUCCGCACCCACGUGUAGGCCGGGAGCGCUACAGUACCUCCUACCUGCACAGAUGGUAGGGUUGCCAUGAUGAAACACUGUAUACACUCGUAAGAAUCCAUCUGCUCGCCUUCAACAUCCUCUUUUGUGCUAUUGGAGCUGGGCAGGAGUCUUGGUUUGUCAGUGGAUACUCUAAGCUGUUUUUUUUUUUGGGUUUUUUUGCGCCUUUCUCCACAAGACCCAGACUGGCAGUAAACAGGGUCAGGAAACACCUAAGGGAGUAACAGGAAAAUGUGGCUUUUUUACUCACUGUGACUGCUACUUUCGGCAUUUGGAAACCACUUUAAAUGGCUAAUUGCAUCAGAAGGAUGUAAGGCUUCGCUUGAAAGCAGCUGGCGAAAGGGACCCCUCUCAGGUUACUUUAAUAAAGAGCCUUCACUACUGACCUUUAAUCAACUACAGACAGAACUAGGGUAACUCCAAUGUGUCUAUUAGAAAGGCAAUUUUUUGUAUAAAGUUUGUGCCUUGUUUCUUUUAACUGUGUCCUUUUUUAUUUGUCAUGCAUGAGCAGUGUUUUUGUUUUAUGUUUUCUGGUUGGUGAUCUAUGGAAAUUUCUUGUGAAAAGUGAAGGGAUGUGGGGUCAACUUCACUCAUGUAAGUGGUGAUCAUUUAAUGAUUCAUGAAUGUUUUAUUGCAUUGUUUUAUCUAUGAAGUGAUAUUUUAUGAAGCAUGGUCACAGAACAGAGGUCAUAACUUGACUACUGAUAUGGUAUAUUUUUAUGGCGAAAAGCCAGCCGGGUAUGAAGAUGUGUUAUAGCUGGCAGACAGUUAAUACUCCACCACACCAUAUUAAAAGAAGCAAGUUUAUACUAUCAAUCUUAGGCUGUAUAUCUUGUAUUCAAACCUGAUGUAUAAUCAAGUGGUUUCUCUGAGUAUAAAAAACAUUCCACAGCCAAUUCAUAUCAUGACCUGAUCACAACCUGUUGUGAAGUCCGUAUUGAAGGGGUUCGAGUGUCACAUGUCAUCCAAAAUCACCCCGUAUAUCUUAAAAGAAUAGCUUGUCAUUUUGUGAGAUACACUUUUUCGCUUUAGUCAGAUGAGAAGAUCGAUACCAAUCUCAUGUCUGUACACUAAAUAUGAAGCUACAGCUAGCAAGUGCUUAGCUUAGCAUAAAGACAUAAACAACCUGUAAAACCACAGCUUUUCUUUUUUACUUUUUUGUAUGGAUUAAACAAACAAGAUGUCACAUGUUAAUUAUAGAGCUGUUAAUAAGCCCGUUGGCUGUAGCUUUAUCUUGACAUGAAAAAAUGUGGUACUUAUUGUCUUGUCUAAUUUUCGGAAAGAAGAUGAAUAAGUGUAUUUACCAAAAUAUCAAACUAUUCUUUUCAUUAAUCCGUUUAGCUUAAGUCCCGGCUGUCAACCAUCACACUUGCAUCGGCACAGGUGACUUUUGAACACGUCUUUCAAUUCAGCACUUCUCCUGAUAAUAUGAUUUGUAAUUUAUACUUAUAAUUUUUAGUGCUGCAGCUGUUAUAGUUAGGUCUUCAAUGUGUCUGAACAAGUGGCUUUAUAAAUGCGUAUCUUUACAUAAAAACUAGAAUUAGUCUACCUGUUGUGACAUACAGCUAGUUGACACAACAUUGACUGUUUAUUUAUGGUGGUUUUGCUGUAACACUAUGUUACUGUUAGAGAUUUUAUUGAAUUCUUUAGCAGGAUACUUAAAGAUAAGAUGAUUCAGUGCAUUAUAAUACUAGCAUAACGUGGUUGCCAUUGUCUAUAAUACUUGGCAAUCCCAUAGCUAAACCUGUAUGUAAACCAAGCUUGCCAUGUGUGGGAAAUAUUACAAUAUUCAAGUAGUUUAAGUGCCUUUCUAGGUCUUCUUUUUACUUUCACACUACAUCAUCGUCAUCACGGUGGUCUCCAUAAAAGCCAAAGACCUGGGGAAAUGUUGCAAUAGUCAGCAAGCAUUCAGUAAAUGCAUGUUUCACCAAAUUUCUGAAGGUAGCGGUUUAAUAUUAUGCACUGAUUUUCACAUUAGCACUCAGUCUGUUAACUGCAUCAAAGGUACUCUAUUUUAUUUGUAUCCUUUGUUUUAUUCAUAUGUUUAAUCCGGUGGUUCGCAUUUGCAUGAGUGUGUGUACAUAACUUUGCUCAGUGGUUUUUAUAACUCAGAUUCAGGUUCUUGAAUGUUUGUGUGAACAAGUAUUAUAUUAUCUUUGUGUUGGUAGGAUAAUAGGUGGGCAAAUGUGUGUGACUGGUAUUAAAGAACGGGGAACUACUGAUAGAUUACAUUCACCAGUUUUUUUUUACAAAUCAUUUUUGAAAGCAAUAAGCAUUGUGUAUCCGUAAAGCCAUUCUUAUCGUAACAACAGUAGUGAAAAUUUGAAUUGUUUUGUGAAGCAUGUAAACUGGGUGGAUGAGUUUCCCUCGUUUCUCACUAACCAGUGAUUAUCCGACUUAAACAUCUGUCAAUACUUCAGUAACCUCAGCGAGGAUUAAUGCUACUGUAGCUGCUGUGUAUAGUUUUACAGAAUAUCUCCAAUAAACGACCGAUCAGUUUCAACACCUCAGGUCAGGAACAGAGUAUCAGGCUUGAGUUCAUUCGAUUUAAAUCGAGAGCUGCCAGAGACUAGAGGUGUGAUCUUUUCAGAGAAGCUGUACUCACUCACGUCCCCUCACAGCCAUUGUGGUGUCCCCCAGGGUUCUUAGUUGGGGUCUGUGCAGUUUUGUUCAUUUUGUUGAUUUGCAUUUGGAAGUCUUUGGAAUGUGUUUUAUUUUGUUUAAUUCAGACCUCAAACACUGGAAUUGGUUACAUUUUGUGAAUUAAAUGAAUACACCAUAAAUAUGUUAUCCAUUUCUUUAUGCCUAGAAAGCCUAUGAGAAAUUGUCAAUUGACCUUGUUAGAAAACUGUAUUAAUUGUGUUUAUAGAUAAUAUCAUAUAGGUAUUCAUAUUCUAAUAAAUUAGAGUCUGGA